AUGCUUUUAGGGUGGGUCAUUUAUGAUCAUUUCGGUUCGUUCAUUACCAUGGAAGAUCCUACAUCUCAAGUAUUUCGACGAAAAAACAAGGAGUCUUUCCGUGUCCACCACGAAGGAAACGAUGAAGACGCGUCCCAACUCAUGAAUGGUGAGACGCAAUGCGACUGCAGAGAAUCAUGCGGCGAGAAUUUGGAGGACGUUGAAAUACGAUCACAUAAUUUGCUCCAGACUUCGCGAAUCCAUCCUCAAGUCCACAUCACCUCGAUCAGUUGGACAACCACUGACAAGCUUAUGACGCAGAUGCUUAGGCCGCGGCACAUCGCUUCCUCUGCUAAGACCGAGUGGCUACUUCGAAUGUCGAAGCUGGUGUCGGUUUGCCGCACAAGGUCUGAUCAACAACAGCAGUCCGUAGUUUAUGCCACCAUAUACAGGCCAAUCAAUGUCAUCAAAGCGCCCCAAGGCCUGACAGCUGAUAACUGCAAGUCUACAGCCAAAUGGAGCGAGCAUGUCAAUCAUGGGAAGUGGCUAUGGCCAAUUGAAUACCAGCUGAGAGCAUCGUCGACAAUGAGCUGGGAGCGUAGUCCGGGCCGUGCCCCUGAACUCACAGAUCGUCUACUCUACGCUAUGCGCCAAGAUUCAUACGGAAUGGCCAAGGACUCUACGUACACACUCCUAGAUGAUAUCGGCUCUCUACAUCAACGUAAAUUCAUUGUCAAGUUCCAACGUUCUUCCCAAGCCAUGCAAUCUUUCCUCGAUGAUAAAAAGGGUUGUACUGCUUGUAUGUCGCUCGUAUCUAGGGGUAUCCGCAGUUCCACUGAGCGUGCAGAGGUUGUGUAA